UAAACAAUCCUUUCUGCAUGAGAAAGUACGUGAUUUUCGCUUGAUUAUUGCUUUGGGGGCAACCAGUGGGGGCAACCUCGUAUUGCAUAAAUUACGUCAAUCAACCUCUGACCUUUCCUCCUGUGUUCCUUUAGAUGACAGAGAUCAUCUCGUGUGGUAUCAACUUUGACGCUGAGCUCGGCAGACUGCGCAUUCUGCUCAGCGAUCUAAGGAGGACACUGCAGAAACUGGAGAUUGAGCUGCAGUCUCAGACCAGGCUGAAAGCAUCCCUCGAAGCUUCACUGAGAGACACACAGUCCCGCUACAGCUUCGAACUGACCCAGUUUCAGUCCAUCAUCGGUGUCCUGGAGGUGGACAUAGGCCAGGUGCGCACCGACAUUGACAGGCAGAGCAAUGAGUACAAGAUGCUGCUGGACAUCAAGAUCAGGCUGGAGAUGGAGAUUGCAGAGUACAGGAGGUUUCUGGACGGAGACAUGCAGCAAGUAACUAAAGUUAUUGAAGUCGUUAAACAGAAACAGAUGACCAAGAGAACUAGAGUCAUCGAGGAGGUCCUUGUGGAUGGAAAGGUGAUCUCCCGUGAGGAGGACGUGGAGGAGGAGAAGAUAAUAAACUAG